CCUCCCCCAAAGCAACCUUCGACCUCUUCUUUUUUUGCGGAUCGACAGCAUUCUUGUCCCGUCGACCCGGUCAUUCUCGCGGCAAGAUCGUUUCCUGGAUGCAUCGACGAUAAUGCGACAGUGAGUGGCGUCCCUCGGGACAGCACUCUUAUCCAUCGACCGCCAUGGGUGAUAAAGCCCAGUAUGACCACCUGCCCAUCCCUACCUACGAGGAGGCCACCUCGUCUCGUCCUGCUUCCUCCCAAUCCAGACUCGGCCCAGAAGAAAUCAGUGACGAUGCUGAGAGGCAAGGCCUUCUGGGGUCCUUCGGGAACUAUCACCCUCCGACCGUCGAGUCUGCGCGGCCGAGCCUCGAUUCCCUCGACGGUAUCGAGCAAGAUGGGGAAGACGAGGUACGCAGAGAAAUGCAGCAGAUGGACGUGGAAGACCCUCAGAGCGACUCCUCCCACCGCUCGCUCCUUCGAUAUCGCCUGUCCAAGAGUUUCUCGAACCUGACCAACUCAUUCUCCUCCCUAAGCCUCCCUUCCUUUCGCCAAUACCUCUCCAACAUUUCAUGGCCGCGCAUAAACUAUCAACAAUUCGAUGCGAAUCGCGUCGUCAUCAUCGGGCGACUGUUUGGUGUUUUCUUGAUCAUGGGUGUUCUCUAUGUACUUAUAGCGUCGGACGUUCUGUCAUUUACAAAGAACCGCAUGGGGAUGGGCCAGAUAUACGACCCUGAGUCUAUCAGAAUAUUUGUACAGAACCAUAUGAACGAUCAUGGACACAUGCAGAAAUAUCUCGAGCACAUCACUGACUUCCCCCACGUUGCGGGGACCGAGGGCAAUUAUGUACUGGGAGAAUGGGUGGCUGAGCUUUUCAAAGCAGGCGAAUUGGAAGAGGUGGAAAUGGAGAGAUACGAUGUUUACAUGAACUAUCCACGAAAAGAUGGGAGAAGAGUGGCCAUUGUCGAGCCAGACAGCAUGAAAUGGGAGGCCAAAAUCGAGGAAGAUCGAGAGAAGUCGUUGGUCUUUCAUGGCCAUUCAAAGUCGGGCAAUGUGACCGGUCCCCUGAUAUAUGCAAACUUUGGGUCGAAGGAGGAUUUCAAAACGCUCGAAGACAACAACAUAUCCGUUAAGGAUGCCGUUGUACUCGUUCGCUACUAUGGCUCCCAGGGAGACCGAGCGCUGAAAGUCAAAGCUGCAGAACUUGCCGGUGCUGCAGGAUGUAUCAUCUACUCUGACCCGGCGCAAGACGGCUUUGUCCAGGGACCGACUUUUCCAGACGGACGAUUCAUGCCUCAAGAUGCGGUACAGAGAGGCGCGGUCAGCCUCAUGUCCUGGGUUGUUGGAGAUGUCCUCACUCCCGGAUGGGCUUCAACGCCAGAUAACAAGAAACACCUGAAACCCGCAGAGAGCGCCGGCCUCAACAAAAUCCCUUCCAUCCCCAUCUCCUGGGAGGACGCGAAGCACUUACUCGAAUCGCUCAAAGGUCACGGCAAUCAGAUGAAGGAUGAUUGGCAAGGAGUGCCUGACUUUGAAUAUUGGACGGGAAGCCCAGACUCUCCAAAAGUCAACCUCCAGAAUUUCCAAGAUGAAGAGGUGAAGCAGCCUAUCUACAACGUGUUGGGCAAGAUUACAGGCUGGGAGCAACCCGAGAAGAAGAUCGUAGUCGGAAACCACCGUGAUGCAUGGUGCACCGGCGCCGCCGAUCCCGGUAGCGGUACCGCCGUCAUGCUCGAAGUUGUGCGGAUUUUUGGUGAACUGCGUCGACUGGGUUGGCGGCCUCUUCGCACCAUCGAAUUCGCUAGCUGGGACGGGGAGGAAUACAACCUGAUCGGCAGUACCGAGUACGUCGAGAAUCGGGAGAAUCAGCUGCGCGAGGAUGGAAUUGCCUACCUCAACGUCGACGUUGGGGUGACAGGAGCCGAUUUCCACGCCGCCGCCUCUCCCCUUUAUGAACGACCCCUACUGCAUGUAAUCAACCGCGUCAGUGAUCCCUCCACAGGCAAAUCCAUCCGCGAACUCUGGGACGCAGAUAGCCGGAGGAUUGAAGGCCUCGGCGCAGGAAGCGACUUCGUCGCCUUUCAAGACAUCGUGGGCACCUCGUCGGUUGAUAUGUACUUCAAAGGUGCCAGGUUCCCCUACCACUCCUGUUACGAUAACUUCGAGUGGAUGGCCAAGUUCGGUGAUCCAGACUGGACAUAUCACAAGGCCAUGGGUGAGAUCUGGUCGCUCCUGAUUCUCGAGUUGGCCGACAGACCACUUCUCCCGUUCGAUAUCAGCGCAUACGCCCGGGCUAUUGCGCGAUAUAUCGAUGACCUUAACGCCUAUGCGAAGUCUUCACCCACAGCAUCUGACACGAAUACUCUUGACCUCUCUUCUUUGCGGAAGGCAUCGGACAUCCUUGCUCAGGAGGCGCUGCGCUUCCACACCUUCGACGCAUCCUGGCGUGACUUCAUUUUUGGUUCGGGAGGUUUCGAAUCUUCGGCAAUGGGGACCGCCCGCUUGGACCACAACAAUCGUCUCACACAUUUCGAGACGGAUCUUCUCGACCUGACCGAAGGCGGUGGGUUGGUCAACCGAACGCAGUUUAAACAUGUCAUAUUUGCUCCACAGCUGUGGAGUGGAUAUGACGACGCGACGUUCCCCAGUGUGAGAGACGCCGUCGAUGUCGGGGACUGGGAGGUGGCGCAAGCCGAGGUGGAGAAAGUGGCGGGCAUAUUGGAACAAGCGGCCGGGAAGCUGAAUUCAUGAGACGUGUAAAUGGGACGUGUAAAGAGCAGGGAAGGAGGAACCAAUCAAUCUCUUUGAUCUCGAGGCAGCGCACUGGCUGACACAGGACUCACCGGUCAAAAGCUUUGCCCAGGGAUUGUUUUUGCCCUUUUCGACAGGACCAGCGGGAUGGGACCAUGUUUUGCUAUUGUUCUGUCCCCUUUUUCUUUGUGGCUAUUGCGAGGAAAGGGGCCAAAAGAGAGCACGGCGUACGGUGGAGGGUGAUAAGCGCGCCUCGGAACGAAGCUGCCACUGCUCAGCGUCGGUGUCUCUUUGUAUGUCAGUGUCUUGAAGUAGCGGGGGCACUGGUCUGCGACUUAGACAUGAGCGGCUUGGACUCCCCACGAGACAUGCAGAGACCGGGAAUCAGCGGCUCCGGCAAGCUCGUCCAUACCGAUCAGGAUUUCUCCUAUGGAUAUAUGUUUCUACAGCCUUGCGAUUGAAUAUAUGCUUUGGGACUUUUUUCA